GUUUCUCUUAGUUCAUGGUGGUGUCCGGUACGUUUUGCGGUGACGAAUUCCCAUAUUUAAUAAUAAAAACUUAAUAAAUAAAAUGACGAGCAAAGCGAAAGCGCCCAAGACGAAAGAAGGCGCUCCGGAGGAAACGCCGCUGAGAAAGAGGCCCUUCAAGAGACACGGGCGUCUGUACGCGAAGGCAAUUUUCACCGGUUACAAACGUGGAUUGCGCAAUCAACACGAGCAUACUGCUCUGCUUAAAAUCGAAGGAGCUGGCACAAAGAAGGACUCAGAUUUCUACGUAGGAAAGCGAUGCGUCUAUGUAUAUAAAGCUAAGAACAAGACGCCAGUACCUGGAAAGACUACGAAGAAAACAAAAGUUAGGGCCAUCUGGGGCAAAGUCACUCGUCCCCAUGGUGCGAGUGGGUCGGUGCGUGCUAAGUUUAAGAGGAAUCUACCAGCCAAGGCUAUGGGCCAUCGCAUCAGAAUUAUGCUGUAUCCCAGUCGGAUAUAAACUUGUCUUGUAUAAUAUAAACAAAUAAAUCUACCAUUUUGGUACUAAAAUCUAA